AUCGCGCGUGCGCAGUGCGCUCCAUCCUCCGAUCAGUGCGGCAGGAAAAGCGCAGGGGAGACGCCGCCGAGAUACAGAGGGAGAGAAAACAGUUAGGAAAGGGGAAAAAAGAAGAAGGAGAGCGGCAUGAACAAAAACAGCCUGCUCGGUGUGACCGGGAAAGUGUCCCGUGGUGCCGGGCUCUAGCGCUGCUCCCGUGCCACACAGCUGCUCCGUUAUGUCGGGAGACCGGAGGAUAGUAAUGUCAGGGAAUGGAGGAAAUCUUCAGAAAUCCUGCCACUAAACUGCGCCGUGCUGCCAGGGUUUAAGGCUAUCACGGAAACAUAAGGACGUAACGCUGAGGAUGGAGCUCAUAUAAACCGAGGGGCGCCGUUUCAUUUCCAACUCGUCGUGCUCUCAGAAACCAGGCCAAAGUUGUUGGGUUUUUCCCCCUUUGAUUUUUUUCGGUUUUUUAGGAGAAGGAAAUUUUGGUGCAUUGAAUUCCUCUGGACGGGAUGUUAUCCGCAGUCAGGAGGAACUCCUGCUGACUGAGCCUCCAGCAGCAGCAGUAAAGCAGCGGGUCCCUCACAGUGAAACGAUGGGAGAUGCGGCAGAUGACAGAGGUAUGAGACGGACCUUCAUCGUCCCUGCCAUCAAGAGCUUCGAUCACUACGACUUCACCAGGGCCAAGAUAUCAUGCAGCCUGACGUGGCUGGUGGCCAAGGCUUUCGGCUCGGAUGCAGUGCCAGAGGAGCUGGCUGAGCCUUUCUACAGGGACCAAUAUAACCAGGAGCACCUGAAGCCUCCGGUCGCCUGCCUUCUUCAGUCUGCAGAGCUCUACUGCCGGGCGGGAAGCCUGAUCCUCCGCAGCGAUGCUGUCAAACCGUUACUGGGACACAACGCUGUCAUUCAGGCUCUGGCCCAGAAAGGCCUGUACGUCACAGACAAGGACAGACUGGUCACAGAGAGGGAUCUGACCAGCACACCCAUAAACAUGAGUUCCCACCUGGCGCUCAUAGACACCCUGAUGAUGGCGUACACCGUAGAGAUGGUGAGCGUGGAGAGGGUGAUGUCCUGCAUCAACAGGUACUCCACAGCCGAACCAUCGAACGGCGACGGACACAUCCAGGAGCUGCCUUACGACACAGAGGAUGCAAUAACCACCUGGAUCAACAAGGUGAAUGAACACCUGAGGGACAUCCUUGUAGAGGAGCAGAAGCUGAGAGAGGCUUCACUGCAGGAGUCAAACGCCACAGCGCUCAAAGCUCGCUACAGGAAGGAGCAUGCCCAGAGGAGCGCGCCGUCGCUCCCCCUGGUGGAAAACCUGCUGAAGGACAACACAGAUGGCUGCGCCCUGACUGCGCUGCUGCACUUCUACUGCCCGCAGGCCAUCAGACUGGAAGAUAUCUGCCUCAAGGAGACCAUGUCCCUGGCUGACAGUCUGUACAACCUACAACUGGUGCAGGAGUUUUGCAGGAACAACCUCAACCACUGCUGCCACUUCACCCUGGAGGACCUGCUCUACGCCCAUGCUUCUGUAAAGAGUAACUACCUGGUGUUUAUGGCUGAGCUUUUCUGGUGGUUUGAAGUGGUUAAACCGUCAUUUGUACAGCCCAGAAUCUUCGACCCGAACGCCUGUGAGCCUGUAUCCUGUAGAAACAUGGCUCCUGUGUCCAGUCCAGUCAAACAGAGCUAUGCAGACAGACCUUUGAGCCCAGAGAAAAUUCCUGCUGAAGGUGUAAUGAAGAGAUCUACCUCCAUGUCUUAUGUUGAUGGCUGUGUCGGGACUUGGCCCAAAGAAAAACAGUCCUCCUCUCGAGGAAUCUCUUUUGAGAUUCCUCUGGAUGGAGACCCAACCUUCCCGCUCGAUGAGGCUCCCUCCCUGCGCGGCAUGACGCGCUCGGCCAGCAGUGACGGCCUUGGGUUCAAAGUUCACUACGCGUCCCGAGGAGGCAUGAAACGCCACCUCUCCAUGAUGCCUGUCAGUGUAAACGGCCAGAGCAGACACAUACCAGAGGAGGAUGACGACUUCACCUCACACAAGCCUCUGGGACGGAACAACACAUUCACAGUCAAGAGCCAAAGCAGGUAUUCUAAUGGGGUCCUGCCAGACAGAAACAGCCCCAGCCACACCGGCCACAUCAGCCCGUCAACUCCCCCGAGCCUUGAGGAGGCCUUGAAGAUUAUCCAUGACACUGAAAGACCGCACGCUAGCUUGGGGAUGGGGGAUGGAGAUAAUGCCUUCUUUCUCCAUGGUGCAGAACCUUCAGCCCUUCCAGGAGCCCAAGGUAGAGGAGAUGACCUGAGUUCAGCAAAGGCCCGACUCAAUGACCACGAUCCUAACUCUGUAUCCACUGAUGAAGUCGACACAGGCAUCCAUGUGAGGACCGAAGACAUCCAGAGCUUGGAUGAGGACUCGUCCUCGCUUAGAGACUAUUCAGAUAUGGACCCAGACUGUGAGGCCAUGACCCGGUCGUGUCCUCUGCCGGACAGGCCAGAAGGGGAAAGAAGCAGGGAAGGAGGACGCAAAGGGGUCGGUGGCCCUAACCCUGAGAGUGAACGGGGAGAUGGAGGUGACAGAAACAGCCCCUGUCCCAGUUCAGCACCCACACUGCCCAGAUCACACACAGUCAGCCCUGUCUCAUCCUCCGGUGGCUCCGGAGGUGGCUUGGUGCGGAUGACGAGCUUCGCGGAGCAGAAGAUCAGGAAGCUGGAGGGAAGGAGCAGUGGAGGGACCACGCCAGAGAGUUCAGACCUCAAUGUGCCCUAUACGCACUCACCAAAAAACAUUUCAUCUCAGAUCUCUACACCUCCUCUGCCAAUCACAUCACCCUCUCCAGUAUCUCCUUCACCCAGAGAUCCCUCGCACCUCAUCGCCUCAGAGAUGAUUCAGCUGAGGAUGAAGCUGGAAGAGAAACGCAGAGCGAUCGAAGCCCAAAAGAAAAAGGUGGAAGCUGCUUUCACGCGACAUCGACAGAGAAUGGGCAGAACGGCCUUCCUGAACGUAGUGAGGAGGAAGGGAGUGACAGCCCCCCCCAGCUCCAGCUCAGGAGGAGCAGAAACAGCUUCACCAGAGCCGCUCACUUCAUCCAAGGACAUCAGGCAGGGCAACAUGGAGCGGGCCGAGAGGUGCAAGCCAGACGGGGCAGCUCCUAAAUCUCCAUGUGAAGAUGGUGGCGGUGUGACGCCAGGAGAAACCGAUAUUGCAGAAUACACACGCUCGAUUGAGAGGCUGAACACGUCGCUGAGCUUCCUGCAGACAGAGAUGCAGCGUUUGGCCCAGCAGCAGGAGAAGAUCAUGGCCAUGAGAGAGCAGCAGCAACAAGCCUGGGUCAUCCCACCUCCUGCACCGUCUCCACACAGGCAGCUCCGUGAGUUGCGUAGCAGCAGUGUAACAGGCCGGGGAUCAGGGAGAGGCUCGGUGGGGUCCUUAUCGCCGAUCCUGUCCUCCUCUGGUUCUCCACAUGCACCCAAUCGUUCCCCUGCCGGCAUCAAACGACGACCGGCCUCCUUCCACGCCAGAACCCCUCGGACUCCGCGUCCAAAUGAUUUGAAGGUCACGCCCUUUAGCCGAAUGCUCAACACACCCACUUCAGUGGACAGCCUGCCCAGACUGAGGCGUUUCACCCCCAGCCAAACACAGAUCAGUUCUUUUGCUUACUUGGGCCACGAUGAGGGUUCUGGGGAAAGCAAGCACCCACACACCAGGGACAACAAAGAAAACACUAAAAACGAAAAGCAAGCCGUGGCAAAGGCGAGUGCUGACACUCUUCCUACUAAAGAAGCAGCCAAAGAAAAGGACGAUGAGCGACGGGAGAAGAAGACGGAGUUGAAGGGAGAAUCCAAACAAUCGAAAACAUCACAGGUGCUCUCUCAGCCAGUGUCAGAGAUCCAAGGGACGACAGACAGCCGGGUCAGAGGAGACCCAGAGGAUCGGAAAGACCUGGUGGAGGUGCCUCUGUCGAACCUGAAGCCUCCAGAGAGCCAAGGCCAGGAGAUGGCAGGAGAGGGAGAAACAGGAGAAGACCAAAAGAUGUGCUGUGGCUUCUUUUUCACGGAUGAUGUGAAAGGGGAAGAGGACAUGGCGGCCAAGAAAGCAGCUCUGCUGGAGAAGAGGCUGCGGAGAGAGAAGGAAGCUCAGGAGAGGAAACAACAGCAGGAGCUGGACCAGGAGCAGAAGAGGGAGGCUGCACGGUUGAAAGCGGAAGAGGAACAGCAGAAGAAGGACGACGAGAGGGCGAGGAGGGAAUACAUCAAGAAUGAGUAUCUGAGGAGGAAGCAGCUCAAACUGAUGGAGGACAUGGACGAGGUCAUCAAGCCUCGAUCUGGAAGUCUCAAGAAAAAGCCGCGGCCCAAGUCCAUCCACAGAGACGUCAUGGAGUCGUCGACUCCUCCCGCGAGAGCAACAGGUGUGCGCCCUCGAGGCUUCUCGGUGUCCAGCGUUUCUCUGGCAUCUCUCAAUCUGGCCGACAAUGACAGAGACGCAGAUAACAGGAAGAAUAACAGGCCGGACUCCGCAGAAGGCUUUUCUUCUUGUCCUUCGGCCGGCAGCCGUAACGGAGAGAAGGACUGGGAAAACGACUCCACCACCUCCUCCACCCCCUCCAACACUGAGUACACAGGACCUAAACUUUAUAAGGAGCCCAGUGCCAAGUCCAACAAGCACAUCAUCCAGAAUGCCCUGGCUCACUGCUGCCUGGCUGGCAAAGUCAAUGAAGGGCAGAAAAACAAGAUACUUGAUGAAAUGGAGAAAUCUGAAGCCAACAACUUCCUGGUGUUGUUUCGCGAUGCCGGCUGCCAGUUCCGGUCCGUUUACACCUACUGCCCCGAAACCAAGGAGAUCACCAAACUGGCUGGCAUCGGCCCGAAAAAUAUUACAACAAAGAUGAUCGAAGCUCUGUACAAGUACAACUCCGAUAGGAAGCAGUUCAGCCAGAUCCCUGCCAAAACUAUGUCCGCCAGCGUGGAUGCCAUUACCAUCGCCAGCCAUCUGUGGCAGACCAAGAAGCAGGGCACGCCCAAAAAACACCCCAAGUAGUGCCCAGAUUGGGUUGGGCAGCAUCCGGACGUGCUCCGUCGGAGCAGAAACACAGGACUUUGCGGAUUUUGCUCUUUUAUUGACAUUCCCACUUUUAGAAAUUACAACUGGAAUGUAAGAACACGGGUGGGCCUCAGAUUUACUGUCACAAAAUCAGAGCUGGCUGUAACCAUUUGGACAGCUUCAAACGAGCCCCAAGUGUGUACUUGUCAGCACGUGCAUCAAUGUUCUCAUGUGCCAAAAAAAGAGAGAGAAGGAAUAAAAUAUUAAGAGGCGAACCAAUGCCUUAUCUAGUUGAACCACUGAAGCACUGAAUGUCACGCCUCUGAAAGAGGCCGUUUGGUUUCUCUGAGUUGAUCAUGUGUGGCCUUAUGCUUGUUUUGUGUCAUACGAACACACCGUGAGUGUUAGCAUCAUUUUGUCACCGCCUGUUGCGGCACAGAUGAGGGAUCAGCUUACCCCCCCUCCACCUCCCCAUCUUUGAUCAGAGGCAUGUACUUGUUUUUGUUUGUUUGUUUUUUGUACACGUGACUGAAAAACUUCUAGACGGUUAAAUUUAGUGUCUGUGUGUGUUUGAAUGAGCGUGUGUGUGUGUGUGUGUGUAUAGUGAAGUGCCAUGAAGAGUGAGGGUUAAAAAUACCUCAGCUGGUGAUUGCACUUACUUUCCGAAUAAAAUGAUGAGAUUAUCGAGCAUGUGCAGUACCAUCAAACUGUUCUGGAAAGCACCUGCAAUAGGCUCUUAAUUUAUUUCAGUGCGAUUUCGAUGCUUUGAAGAUGAUUUUUAAAAAAGGCGUCUUAGAUUUUAUUCAGAGAAACAUAAUAUGCUGUACCUGUAUAAGUUAAAUUAGUUUGUAUAUAAUGGCAGUUCCAUUAAAGAUGAACGAGUCAGCUUGUGGUAGCUUUUUGAGUAGCUUUUAUAAUUUAUCACGUGCGUGUCGGUAUGUUGUCGUUCGGGGGCCUUUUAUCGUGCUACAGAUGCAAAAAGUGUGAUCGCUCAGCAGCGUCGCUGGCGAGACUAUCGUGAGUAUUAGAUUAGACGGACAUCCCACACUGUGUCAUCAGUCUGUGCAAUUUAAGAGUGAUUUCAAAUGCUCGCCAUUGACCAUGUUGCAUUUGGAUCUAACAAACACUACAAAUGUCACUUUAAUGUGGAUAAACUGUUAAAGAGCGUGAUCGCCCUUGAGGUCGUCCACAGUUGUAAAUAGCACUUGAGGACCCUGUCCACUGUUGUCGAGUCUAAUCAAAGAUGUUCCCUCUUCAGGACAUGCUUAUUACUUUACUUUUACAUUACUGUUACAUUUUCUUUUUUUUAAAUCAUUUGUUCCUUCAGUAUGUGUUUACACUGUACAGAUAUAUUUUGGCAUAUAGAAGUAUUUUUUGUAACGACAUUUAACUGAUGGAAGUGUGUACUAAUGGAAGCAGUGCAGAUGUUGAAGGAAGUGUGCUGAAUGCAAAGUGUAGCUGAGGGUGCGUAAAGUCUCACACAGGCUUUAGUGUGGUAUUGUAUAAAACACAGUAAGUAUACAGAGAAAACCAUAGUAUUUUUUUUCCAACUCUGAACUCAUUUUCUUUUCAAUUAACAAACUAUGCUCAACUGUUCAUGGAUCUCUUUUGUCGUUGUUGUUGUUGUUUUUUUCUAUUCCUUUGAGCUUUAUUAAAAUGCCAGCUAUCAAUAAUACGUAUGGUGUCUCAUUACAUGUCUGUGUCAUAAAAUGUGCUUUUUUU